AUGGCUGAAGGGAGCAACUACGACUUUUUGUUCAAGGUUCGUGGCGUUGCUGCGGAUUCGCCGCUGGCUGUUCAGAACAAAAUGUCUCAUGGUUGCGGGGCUUGUAGGUCGUUCUCAUUGGAGACUCUGGCGUCGGGAAAUCUGCUUUCACGAUUCACUCGUAACGAAUUCAAUCUCGAGUCGAAAUCAACGAUAGGCGUCGAGUUUGCCACACGAUCAAUCAAUGUCGACGGGAAGACAGUCAAGGCGCAGAUCUGGGACACUGCUGGCCAGGAACGAUACAGAGCCAUCACUUCUGCUUACUAUCGCGGUGCUGUGGGCGCCCUGCUCGUCUACGAUAUCGCCAAACAUGCUACAUACGUCAACGUGACGCGAUGGUUAAAGGAGCUCAGAGACCACGCGGACUCGAACAUUGUCAUCAUGUUGGUCGGGAACAAGAGCGAUUUGAAGCACUUGCGGGCUGUUCCAACGGAAGAGGCCAAGGCCUUCUCUACCGAGAACGGGCUUUCUUUCAUCGAAACUUCGGCGCUGGACGCUUCGAAUGUCGAGGCAGCCUUCCAGAACAUCCUCACUGAUAUCUACCGGAUUGUAUCGAGCAAAUCUCUGGAACAAUCCGCCGACCCCAUCAAACCCCCAACCGAGACAUUGAAUGUCAGCACCGCGGAGCCGGCGCAGAACCAGGGUGGUAAAUGUUGCUAG